AUGGCGAAGUUGCCCCACGAACAAGAGGCAAAGUUAUUCAAGAGCUACUUGAACUUCUCGCAUCCGAUAAUAAAACAAAACUUCGACCCAAAUGAAUGCGCUUGGGCUUAUGGGAUGAACAUUUUUGACUUGGAAGCAUGGAGGAAAACUAACAUUAGCCAAACCUACCAUUACUGGCUUCAACAUUCCGACUUGAGUCUAUGGCAGUUAGGGAUAUUGCCCCCUGGUCUUAUAGCUUUUCAUGGUCAUGUUUAUACCAUUGGUCCUUUCUGGCACAUGUUAGGACUUGGAUAUCAAGAAAACACAAAUACAGCUGAAGCCGAAAAGGCUGGUGUAAUCCACUUUAAUGGUCGAGCAAAGCCUUGGCUCGGUAUAGAUUUUCCGCAACUUCAAGUACUAUGGGCCAAGUAUGUUGAUUUUUCUGACAAGUUUAUUAAGAGUUGCCACAUUAGAGCCUCUUUGUUUUAA